AUGUUAGAUGGGGAGUUGCAAGACGAAGCGAAGGCGAAAGCGGUAAAUGAGAUCAUCGCGGAGCUAAUCACAAAGCACAAAGACGGCAAGGAUGUGGAUCUCAAUCGUCUCAAAUGCAUUGUAUCGUCACGUCAUGGCCUGAGCCAUCAGCCUAAGCUGGUGGAUAUUAUUGCUGCAGUGCCAGCGGAACACAGGAGUUGGCUUUUGCCAAAGUUAAAAGCCAAGCCAAUUCGAACAGCGAGUGGCAUUGCUAUUGUUGCAGUUAUGUGUAAACCUCAUCGUUGCCCACAUAUUAAUUUCACCGGUAAUAUCUGUGUGUAUUGUCCCGGUGGUCCAGAUUCCGAUUUCGAGUACAGCACGCAAUCCUAUACGGGUUAUGAGCCAACCUCAAUGCGUGCUAUCCGUGCACGCUAUAAUCCCUUCCUGCAAACGAGAAGCCGUAUUACACAGUUAAUGCAACUCGGACAUAAUGUUGAUAAAAUCGAAUUUAUAGUAAUGGGAGGUACAUUCAUGUCGUUACCAGAGGAUUAUCGUGAUUAUUUCAUUCGAAAUCUCCACGAUGCACUCAGUGGUCAUAUUAGCACUAAUGUUGCCGAGGCAGUAGCGUUCAGUGAGCGAAGUCGCGUGAAAUGUAUUGGUAUAACAAUUGAAACACGGCCCGAUUACUGUCAACCAAAGCAUCUCGAUGAGAUGCUGAGCUAUGGCUGCACGCGAUUGGAAAUUGGAGUGCAAUCAACGUAUGAAGAUGUUGCCAGAGAUACAAAUCGAGGACAUACGGUUUGUCUUCAUGCUACAUUCAUAGUUCUGAUUCUUUCGUAA